AUGGCGUCCACGGUGACGCCCGAAUAUACUGCAUACGACUCCAGCGGUCACCCGAUAUAUGUCCAAGCUGCUCCCUGUCAUUUCCAAUGGCAAGUCCCAGCACGCCAAUAUGCCAAUGAAGGUGGACAGUUCACCGUAGACUGUAGCUUUACAGCCAACUACCAGCCUUCCAAUUAUUUGUAUAUAAUCACAUGGAGGAAUCCAUUAGGACUGGUCUUGGUGUUGACAUUGUAUAAUGACAAGAUCCUAGACGCUGGCACACUAGACCAGUGGACCCGUAAUUACACCUUCAUCAAACCAGCCACAGUGCAGCUUUCAGCAGCAACAGCCGCAGAUGCUGGUAACUACACGUGUAAACUUCAGUUGAACUUGGGAUGCGAUUCCCCUAUCAUACCUGAUAAACAGAUUCAAAUGGUGGUGAGAGUUCCUCCGUCUAAACCCGUUAUCACACGUUACCAGUCUACAGGAUUUACUGUUAGUGAAGGCGACUAUCCCAAACUGAAGUGUAUGUCAGCUACAGGUACUCCACCACUUACCUAUACCUGGAGUAGAGGUAGUACUUCACUAACUGGCACACCUGACACUGCUAACACCUUCAGUAUACUGACAAUACCCAGUAUACAGAGAUCGCAGCAAGGACCAUAUCAGUGUAGUGUACAGAAUGCAGCAGGAUCCAAUACAUCAGAUAGCGUGGCACUGGAUGUUCAGUAUCCUCCUGGCAGAGCCACUGUGGACGGUGGUCAAUCUAGCACCACUGUGACAGCAGUGGAGGGUCAGUCACAUACUCUAAACUGUGAUUUCUCUGACAAAGGCAAUCCACAGGCUACAUCCUUUGACUGGUAUGUCCACAGUUCCACUGAUUCAAGCAGGCAAGCAGCAAGUUACCGGAUAUUUCAGCCAGCUCUGACAGACUCUGGCACAUAUCACUGUAGACCAUACAAUACAAUAGGCAGAGGUAACCCUGCUACACUGAGGUUACGUGUACAUGCCUCAAGCAAAAUACAAAGUUACCCGCAGAACCUGACAGUCAACGAAAGUGAUGUCUCAGUACAGCUGACGUGUGUUGCCCGAGGAAAACCAGUACCAACAGUCACGUGGACACGUGGCAACCAGGAUGUAAACAGUCAGCUAUACACAGUACAGGACACACCACAGUUGAAUGGUGUCACACAAUAUGACACUGUCACCAGUACCUUGACACUUGCUGGACCAGGCCGUACUGGGGACAAGGUGACAAGAACUGACCAUGGCUACUAUAGCUGUACAGCCAGCAAUGGUGUAGGAACCGUCGCAAAGAGUUCUUCCUAUAUCAGUGUACAGUACCGUGCAGAACUACACCCCACAAAGGUAACAGUGAGAGAAGUGGCUGCAGACAUUGGUUCAGUGGGUCUCUUUACUUUAUAUGUGGUGGGGAAUCCAAAACCAACCAGUUCUACCUGGAUGAGAGUAAAUGGAAGUCUUCCUGCAAAUGCUGUACCAGGACACGAUAUUGAUAAUCAGAUAUCCACAUUAACAAUACCACACCUGGGGGGCGAAGACUUUGGAACGUACACCUGUGUUGUGAAGAAUGCAGCAGGGGAGAGAGGCUUUGCAUUCAUUUUAGAAAUGAGAGGGAAACCCGACCCACCCACCGAUAUUUAUGCCUUUAAGGUGUCUGCAGUAUCUGUCACUGUUCAGUGGACAUCAAACAAAAAUGGAGGAUAUGAACAGACAUUUACUAUACAGUAUAAGGCAUCUGGUGAAGACUGGCUAUCCAUUACCAACAUAGAAGACCCUGGGUACAAACGGAGACGUAGUUAUAAAGUACGGAAUUUACGGGCUGACACUCAAUAUAGAUUUAGAGUGGAAUCAAGGAAUAAGGGUGGAAGUGGGGGCUAUUCUUAUGGACUUGUAGUGCAGACUAAAUCUAAACCAGUUAUUGCUGAAUCGUCUCUGUCAGUGGAUGUCAAAGGAAACAUUGUCACAAUCAAGUGGUCCCUUCCUGAAGGGGAAUUCACAAGUUAUGGAAUACAGUACUGUGUUCGAGGAACAAGCCAGUGUGCUACCCACAAUAUAACCAAUGUAACAGUCACAUCAGCUGAUAUCACACUGCCUGAUGGUAGUGGUCAGUAUGACUUCUCUCUGAUUGUGUACCAGGGGGACGAUGCUGUGGUCUCUUCAUUGCCUUUUAAGCAAGGUGUGUAUGAUUUGUGUGUAUUUAACAUAAGCUUUAGAUAG